UCCACCCUGCCUGCCUUUGACCGCCUGCCCUCCCCCGCCCGUCGCCGCGCCCCAUCGAGUCCUUGGCUUCGCUUUGCUGCUGCGUAUGCCAUUGACCCACGCCCACCUGCCGGCUGCCGCCACCGCCACCGCCGUCGCCAUCGCACGCGCGCCGCUACCCUUCCCUUUCCCUUUCCCUAGUUGGCUGGUUGGUUUAGUAGCUAGCGCCUAGCGGCACCCCACCCACCACUCCCCCACGCUUAUCUGGUUACCACCACACGCGGGCAGAUCCACCCUCUCCUCUCCUUCCACCCGCUUUCGCUGGCGCGGUGCCUUGGCGGUCUCCCGGCUGCGGCGGAGGAGGACAAAGAACGGGAGGCGGCCAGCAGCUAGCACAAGCUGUCACAGAAGGGGCGCAGGGCUGACCUCCGGGAGCCGGGUGGGGAUGAGGGGGGAGGCCAACGGAGGGGAGGACCGCCGGCCGCGGGGCGAGGACCAGGAGCACGAGGACGACGAGGAGGAGGAGCGGCGCGGGGGCGAGGGAGCGCCGCCUCAGAGGCACGUGCAGGCGCAGAGGCCCGCCGCGCGGCCUUCCACCGACCCGCAGCACCAGCAGCACCCGCCGCCGCCGCCGGGGGUGAUGAGGAACGUCGGCUACGUCGGCAAGCACCGCCUCUCCGCCGCCAUCAGCCGCCUCGACCAGGAGCUCCAGUCCCUCCAGGAGGAACUGAAUGAGCUUGAAACCAUGGAACCUGCAUCUACUGCAUGCCAGGAUGUGAUCACAAGUACAGAAGGGAAACCAGACCCGCUUCUUCCUAUCACCAGUGGUCCGGAGAACUCUUCUUGGGACAGAUGGUUUCAGCGGGUUCGCAGCUCCCGCAGCAACAAAUGGUGGGCAUCAAGAGGCUCUGACUUCUCUUAGCUUCUGCAAAGCUGAAAGCAUCUUCAUCAGUUGUGUGCAGAUUAAGAUUACACCAGUUGAAAUGUAUCAUCCGUUGAGUGUCUUGGGCAAACAGAAUUACGAUGCGACGAUCCAUUGCGGCGUGGCUCUCAGAGCACCUGAUAAUUUUUGGAGAAAAUUAUUGUGUAUGUAGUAAUCCCUAACUAGACUGAACAUCGAUGUGUCCACAUCAGACCUGAUUCUUGAGAGUCUGAAGAUUCCCACCGGUUCUGACUC